ACUGUUUCUUUAUUCUUACGCAGUUCAGGCUGAGUUAGAACUUAGAACUUCCGAUUGGCACCAACUAGAGGCAGACAACACAAAGAGGAAGGGUUUAUAUGCUUCAUAUUGAUUUUAGGGUUUUAUGUGGAAGCUUAAGCUGAAGAUCAAGGCUAUGUAAACUGGGUUUCAUGCAAGGAACUUUUAGUAAUGGAAGCAUUUGUUAAGUUCAGCCAUCUGCAAUGUAUGGCCAAGCUAAUUAUGGCCAUUAGUUUGGGCAGGGUCCUCGGACAGUGGCAACCUUACUUGCCUCUCUCUCUUCCUCCUCCUCUUCUUCGUCUGUGGCACCAGCCAUUCUCAGACUCUCAAUGGCAGCCACGAUCGCCUUCAACGCCGUUGGAGCUCCGGUACGACUCUUCCACCAAUUAUCUCACCCACAAAGCUCCUAUCCACUUGUUGGCGGGAUCCGACUGCGUCGCGUUGCCCCGACCAGAUUUUCGAGCUCCUCCUCUGGCUCUGCAGGAAUUAGGGCGCAUAUGGCAGCCGUUGAUCAAUCGAGCGCUGCUGUACCUCAUAAUCGGAACGUGGAGGCUCCUGUGGUUAUCGUCACUGGAGCUUCUAGAGGAAUUGGGAAAGCUGUUGCGCUCGCGCUCGGCAAGUCUGGUUGUAAGGUUCUGGUAAACUACGCAAGGUCAUCUAAGGAAGCUGAAUUAGUUUCCAAGGAGAUUGAGGCAUCUGGUGGUAAAGCUCUGACAUUUGGGGGUGAUGUUUCAAAGGAAGAAGAUGUAGCGGCAAUGAUUAAAACUGUGGUUGAUGCAUGGGGAACAGUUGAUGUGUUGGUUAAUAAUGCUGGAAUAACACGGGAUGGCUUGUUGAUGAGAAUGAAAACAUCCCAAUGGCACGAGGUUAUUGAUUUGAAUCUUACUGGCGUGUUUCUGUGCACACAGGCUGCAGCGAAAGUUAUGAUGAAACAGAGAAAGGGAAGAAUAAUCAAUAUAGCAUCUGUUGUUGGUCUUGUUGGCAAUGUUGGACAAGCCAACUACAGUGCUGCAAAGGCCGGAGUAAUUGGCUUUACGAAGAGUGUUGCAAAGGAAUAUUCAAGCCGGAGCAUUAAUGUGAAUGCUGUAGCACCUGGUUUCAUUGCAUCUGAUAUGACUGCCAAGCUUGGAGAAGACAUAGAAAAGAAGAUCUUGGGAACCAUCCCCCUAGGGCGAUAUGGUCGACCUGAAGAAGUCGCAGGACUGGUGGAAUUCUUAGCACUCAAUCCUGCCGCCAGUGAGGCUUUUCUUUAUAUUCCAUUCUUGGUCGGCUUCUAGUUUCAACCAGUAAUUGAACAGAAGAGUAGAAGGAUAAUAUAUAUAUUUUUUCGUUUAGCAAAGGUUGUUAAAAUAUACUCUUGACACUUGUGAACAGUGUAAGAGAAACAAGACUUGAUAGGAAUUAUUUUUGUGUAGUGGUUUCAGUCUCCAGAUGAUACUAAAGCGUUCUACUGUACUA